GCGCAGUGUUACUGUUGGCAUUUUUACUUUUCAAUCGAGUACUUUGCUCCAUCAUGAAGGUCGUAAUUUUUUUACUCCUGAUUGCCGUCAUCAAAAUACAGGCCCAACUUCCUGCUGGAGCAUGCCACCGGAUAUAUGAACCCUAUUGUGGGUUUGCUGAAGGUUGCGUAGUUAAUGCAGGAAACAAAUGCUUUUUGGAGGGCCAAGAAAAAAUAAGGGUUAAGGCAAAUAAGCCACCAUUUAAAUCAAUGGAACCCGGAAGCUGUCCAGAGACUAUUCCACUCUGUGAACGCACAGAGGUGUGAGUGCUGAGGGAAAUUCUGAUGAUUUGAUCUUAAAGCGGACAUUUUUUUCGUGUACGUUACGGUUGUGCAUUUUGUUUGUGCCAUACGUGGCAGGAUGUGAGUGUAAGAAAAGCAAUGCAAAUAAUCAUGGUCAUACAGAGAA